AGCAUAGGUCUCACGCAAGCAGCUGCUGUCAAAUCUUUUCGGACCUUCCAGCAGGAGCUUGUUAGAAACAUCGUCGCCACGGAUAGACACGAUUCUCCAAACUGUGACUGUAGAAUUACUGUUUUCUAGUAGAAAUAGUGGUAUUGUUUCAUAAUAGGCAAGGUCAAGUUCAAACAGUGCAAGUAGAAAACUAUAUUAUAAUCAUUGUUUGGACUUCAGUGAAUUGUGAUCUGGGAGCUGCACAAACUAAAAACCAGGAACAUUCGUGUUUUGACGUAAUACGAUACCGUAGAAAAGAAUCGUGUCCGAUAGUUUACUACUAAAAGAAACUUGAAACUUCCUACCUUCGUUUUGUCGCGAAGAAUAUCAGCUCUCUAUAGCAACAGAAAACAAUAUUGCUAGUGGCUUUCCCCUGAAUCACGCGUUUCAACUGAGCGGAGUUUCAUCCUAGCAUUCAAUAUGGCUUCUAGCAUUGGUUCGGUUUCAACUGGCACGAAGAAGACAUCCACGACAGCAACUGGCCAGACAGCUGGAACCGGUAGGAAGAAGUCCGGUCCGAAGUUCGAGCUCACCGAUGAGCAAAGACAGGACAUUAAGGAGGCAUUCGACUUGUUCGAUUCCGAAGGAACCGGAAUGAUUGACACUAAAGAGCUGAAGGUUGCCAUCCGAGCGCUAGGGUUCGAGCCGAAAAAGGAAGAGAUCAAAAAGAUGAUUGCUGAAAUCGACAAGGAUGGCACCGGAAAGAUCUCCUUCGAGGAUUUCCUGUCGCUGAUGACGGUCAAGAUGGCGGAGAAGGAUUCCAAGGAGGAGAUUCUUAAAGCAUUCCGUCUGUUCGACGAUGAUGAAACGGGAACUAUUUCUUUUAAGAAUCUCAAACGCGUUGCCAAAGAAUUGGGUGAAAAUUUGACCGACGAAGAACUGCAGGAAAUGAUUGAUGAAGCGGAUCGCGAUGGAGAUGGCGAAGUCAACCAGGAGGAGUUUUUGCGGAUUAUGAAGAAAACUAGCCUCUACUAAAGAGUAGAUUUAAAAUAUUUGCUUUUCCGAUUCACAGUACCUUAGUAGCCGUUUCUAAUGAAGGAAUGCAUUUUUUUGUGUUGCAAUAGUCAGCAAACAACUAACGAUAGUAAUAAGUUAAUAUUAAUUGUCGCACCAUUCUAUAACAACUUGAAAUAAUAAUAAACCAGUGAUGCACUGAUCUUCGACUUAA